AUGCCAAGCGCUAUCGCAAUCGACGGUGGUCGAGAUGUUACCGGAAAUGUUCGAGUUUCCGGUUCAAAGAAUGCCGGACUACCACUCAUGGCGGCAACACUACUAGCGCCCGGGCCCAGUACGCUGCACGGCCUCCCACCAGUAUCAGACAUCAAGAACAUGGGUUCGAUCUUGCAAUACCUUGGGGCCGAUGUUUCUCAGGUUAGCGACAACUUUACAAUUGACACCACAGAUGUAACGUCUCGUUUUGUUCCUGCCCAGCUUACUGAUAGCUUAAGAGCGUCGAUAUUAUUUCUUGGCCCGCUCCUUGCUCGAUUCGGACAUGCCUGUUUAAGUUUUCCUGGGGGCUGUAGUAUCGGCAAUCGUCCAGUUGAAGAACACAUCAACGGCCUCAGGAAGCUUGGGGCUUGUAUUACAGUAACAGACACGUAUAUUGAGGCUCAUGCGUCUCAGUUACAAGGAGCAACUAUUGAUAUGCAGACGCCCUCGGUGACUGGAACGAUGAAUCUCAUCAUGGCCGCUUGUUUGGCUCGCGGCGUGACACAUAUCCAUAACGCAGCCCGUGAACCGGAAGUGGGUGACUUGAUUAACUUCCUGGUCCUCAUGGGAGUAGACAUUCAUGGCGCGGGGACGGACCAACUUGUCAUCCAUGGUUGUCAUAGUACGCCUCUAUCUCCUUGUCAGUAUGGAGUCAUGGAAGAUAGGAUAGAGGUGGGCACGUUUUUAAUCCUAGGGGCCAUAUGUGGGAACCCUCUUACGGUAUAUCCCUGUCAUCCUGAGCAGCAUGUAAUGUUGAUCAAGAAUCUGAAAGCAGUGGGCGCUCGUGUUGAUAUAUCAGAUGAUUCUGUAACAGUCUGGAAGGCCAAACAACCCUUGGCUUUUAUGGUGUUGCUUUGCUUAGCUCAAGGCACAAGUCAUGUUACUGAAUCUGUUUUUGAGAGAAGAUUUGGCCAAUGCUUUGGUCUCCGGGCUAUGGGGGCAGGGAUACGCGUUUGUGAACGGACGGCAAUAAUUAGUGGAGUUGAGAAGCUGUCUGGGGCACUCGUGUCCGGUUCGGAUCUGAGAGCUACUGCUAGCCUGAUUCUUGCAGCAGUGGUUGGGAGAGGAAGGUCCGUGGUUGGCGGUAUAAAGUAUCUGGACAGGGGUUAUUACCAUCUGGAAAGAAAACUCGCAAAGAUCGGUGUCGCUGUUGAACGGGACUCUGCAACCAGUUUAGCCUUCUUGUUUAUAGGUGACUCUGUCAUCGAAUCAAUCGGCCCCAUAAUAAAAGCCAAAAAGGAAUCGGACCCAGGCCUUAGAAGGCUUUGUGCCUUACCCAGGGGAAACGUCUACACCUACAACGCCAUCGUGGCCCAAUGUCCACCAGUUCCCGGAUUGCGUCCCCACGACAUGCAUUCAAUUUCGAACGACCGUUUCUCGUUCCUGCUCCUCUGUCAGCCGACAUUCAUUUCCUACAUCGCCUACUGCAAACUCCCUAAAGACAAGCAGUGUGUAUGGCCCAAUCGCGCGCGAUUUACCGAUGACGACAUGGAGGCCCUGGCGCGCAAGCUAGCCGACUAUCCAAUCUGCGAGUCGGUGGUCUUCGGGGAACUGUGGCGAACCCGCACCAAGGCCCAGCUGAUCUCCCUGGAAGAAGGCAUUCUCGACCACUGGUUCUUUGGCCGGACGGUAAUGGCUGGCGACGCAAUCCACAAGGGGACCACCAACUCGGCGCUGGGCGGCUGCACGGCAAUAGAAGACGGCGUAGCAAUCACCAACCAACUCCAUCAACUGUUGAACCGACACCCAAACAAGAAACCCUCGACUGUGGAAAUCAGUGCCACCAUGCAGGAGUACCAGGACUCGCGACUAGACCGCGUUAAAACCAUUGUCAAAGUCGGCGGCGAUCUCACGCGUCUACAGGCCUUUGACGGAUGGUACUUUUACAUUAUGCAGCGCUGGCUCACUCCGUGGAUCGGCCUGGAUACGCUAGCAAUUAAUAUAGCCAAGCUUGCCAGUGCUGGCACGAAUUUGAGCUUUGUCGACUUUCCAGAGCAGAAGGGGCUUCUGGGAUGGCCGGAUACCAUCGCGGUAGAGGCAAGGAAGAACGAGCAGAGGAAGCUACCAAAGAGGUGGUGGUACUGGACCGGGGAUCUGCAGCAGAUUUGGCCCUUGUUGGUGGGAUUUUUCCUGUGCUUUAGUUCGACGCUGUUGUGGUUCUUGCCUAGGGACCCCCAUCAUGUGUGGUCUGGGAUUGAGGCGGCUCAUUGA